UCAAUACUAAUGUUGGAUUGUUAAACGUUUUUAUCGUGCUCAUCAUAUGACUAGGUCACCCAUAAAAGAUAACUACAAGUUGCAGUUUUGAUAACGUGUCACAGAUUGCGACCAUUUUGAAACAAACAAACACAUAAACGGAAAAUAUGACAGACAAAGAGCAACCUCCCGCCUACACGCCCCCAGGUGUUGGGUUUGAACAGCACCAAAUGACGAAUCCAGCAGCAGCCGGCGGGCAGACAAAUUAUGGAUUUUCACAGCCACAACAACCGGGCUUCGCUUCACAACCCGGAUAUUUCGUUGGUCAGCAUCAAGUCCAACAUAAUAUAGUGGUUGCUCAAGUUGGUGGGGGCAACCAUGCCAUUCAGCCAGCACCCAUCGAUUACUCGACACAAGCUUGGAUCGCAUGUUUGUGCUGUUUCUGGCCUACAGGGCUGAUAGCCAUAAUGAAAGCAUCCGAGUCACGUGACGCACUUGCGCGCGGUGACCUUGCAGCAGCGCAUGCAGCGUCUAAUACAGCCCGACAAAUGGUGCGAAUAAGCUGGGCAAUCGGAGUGAUAACCGUUAUACUCCUGGCCGUGAUAUUCGGCGUCUUAUAUGGUGUUGUUCUAUCGUCAGUAUCUUCAAGCUCGUGCUGCUUAGACAGUGAUUGUUCCUACUGCUAAAAAUAGAAAUGACAUAAUCAAGAUUAUAAAAUAGUUACGCAAAUUUUGAUUGGUUGAUUUGAUUUGAGAAAAUGAACAACAACAAAACAACGUAACUGAACGCAAUAAUAGAAUAAGAAAAAAAUAGAGAUAUUUUUGGAUAAAACGAUUUUCUCCGAAGAAUCUAUUGCAACGGAACCACUUCCGUUAUAUUCAACUAUAGUUAUUCAUAUGAAUGUAUUGUAUAGUAUAUCAAGACAUUUUUUCAGAUUUUUUGUUUGGAUUUUUUGAGAGGAAAAACAGAAUAAUCAAACCCUCAUGUUUACCAAGAAACUAAUCGCUUGAAUGGAACAGUCGUUAAAACUUGAUCGCGGACUGAAUUAAGGAAAUAACUGGAGAGCAGUUACGUUCUUUGUCACAUGUAUAAUUAUGAUUUCAUUACAGUUUUACUUAUGGGUGUCACGUUAAUCCGUUUAAACGGAUACGAUCGAUUAAAAAAAAAAAAAAAAAAAAAAAAAAAAACAAAAAAAAAACAACAACAACAACAAACGAUUAUAUAAAAUUUAAUAACCGGUAACCGAGUUUAUUUUUGACAAAGAGACGAAACAGUUACAAAGCGACUCUAUAUAUUACCUUAGUUUUUUAUAAUAAGAUUUGUUGACAAUUUGUUCGUUCAACAAUGUAUUUUUCCCGAUCCGAUCGAGUACGAUACGACCCUGACGGAAAAUAGUUACACCAUAUUCAGAUAUGUAUUGUAACCAUUUUGAGUACAACAAAUUACAAAACAAAAUGCCAUUUUUUUGGCAUAAAGAAACAAAGUUCAUGUUGAGAAUUUAAGGUUUUAAUUGGUACGGUCUGUUUAACGUUUAAUUCUAACCGUGACGCCCCUAGUUUUACUGUGUGACUUGAUAGAAAUCGGAAUAAGAUGGAUGCAUAAUAUGUAUUGAUAAUCUUAUAAAUAUUGUUUUGAAAAUAAAAUUUGUAUAAUAAAUAAACAAAACUAUCA